AUGAAAUAUAGCCUAAGGAAAUCCUUUAGUUAUCGUCGUCGGAAGGAAACUCAUGAUGAUGAUCAUGUUUAUCCUCGACUCGAUGCCAAUGGAUAUUCCAAUUCCAAUUCGAACUUAGUAAAACCAGCUAAAUCGAGAAAAUUCUUACAACGUCAGCGUCGAUCAUCAUCGCCGAUCCCAUCCAAUCAGAUAAAAUCGAAAGUUUUCGAGCCACGUUAUGAUAUUUAUUCGAAUGAUGAACAUGAAAACGACGAUGAUCCAUUUCCAUCGGUAACUACCAAAACCCGACCGCGUCCAUUGGAUCGCCUAACAAAUCAAAUACGCAAAUCGUUUCGAAAUACUCUGUCGCGACCCCGUCCAAGGUUAGAAAGUAACAAUUCAAAUAAUCGCUUAAUACUAAACAAAUAUGACGCAGAACAACACACACAACUCUAUCCAAUGUUAUCAACUGGUUUAACGUCGCCAUUGAUCAAACCUGAGGAGAACGAAAAACCAAAGCGUCGCAAAGCACCUUUAGCACCAACUCACAUGAACCAAUCAAUUUCUUGUCCAACAGAAAUCCAUCCCGACCGUCAACAAACGUCUCACACCUCCGACAAAACACCUUUCCGCAAACGUUUUUCAUUCCUACGUAAGAAGCCCCAGGAAACUUGUCCACCUGAUGACGCUCAUGACGAACAGAGCAAUCCUAAACUAACGCUCGGCCAAAGAUUUGACACUCUUAGACGUUCCUUACGUCUAGGAAAUCGACAUUCGUCACAUAAAGGUCAACGUUAUUUGCUUUCCAAUGAGUAA